UUCCAGCCUCCUGCCUGUCGACUUUGAAUUCCAGCAUCUGCAGUUUUUUUUUCCUGUCCCUAGCAAUCUACCCUUGCUUUCUACAUAUAUGAGCUCCUCCUACAAUGCAGGCGGCCAGGAACCGACAGGAAUUACUCUCAGGGAUCCAGGGAAGAAUUUCAACGCGGCUGGGCGUUUCCUAGCAACUAUAAACACUGGCGAAGCAAUGGCUGCAGAAAGGGCUGUGAAACCAGCUUUUACUUUCAGAUAUCUGAGUAACAAGAAGAUCAACUUCCUGGAAGACAGUAAAAUCAGAGACCUCUUUAUGAAAUGGUCAAUGCUUGGAAGGAUGAGUGUGCAGGUUUUCAGUUUUGACCAACACUUCCAGCCUUAUGAAAAGGACAAUUUUGUCCAGGCAUUUUUCCAGGAUUCAAACGUUAAGGCAAACCUAAAGGUACUCUCACCCUUAUCUUCUGAAUGGACAACUCUAGGGAAAGAAGUUAAGGGGAUACAGGUUGAAGAGGUUCCAUGUAAUCAACUUUCAAUGUUAUUCUUUGACUGUUUGUACACGGAAGGGAUUGUGCGAGAAACAGGCCAUAUUACAAAGUGUCUGGAUGAGUUUUAUGAGGAUUUUGUUAUCUCUGACCAACUUCGACAGGUGUUACUUUUGGAAGAAUCAGAUAAAUAUCAAAUAUUCAGUGACAAAGAACGUGAGGAAUUUGUCUUUCGUAUCUUCAAACAUCUCUGUUUGGGGGGAGUCCUCUGCCAAUAUGAAGAUACAAUUGAUCCCUAUCUGGAAACCUGUAAAACAAUGUACAAGGAGUUGGUCAGUGUACAGAAGGAUCCUGACGCAAAAGACAUACUCAUCAUCUCCACAGUGUUCAAGGUUAUAGCCAAUGAUGAAUAUGGCAUUUGUUACCCUUCCACAAACAAGCAUGAACAGACCUUUGCCUAUCUAAUUGUGGAUCCUCUAAAAUGUCACGUCCAUGUGUUAUACCAUUGCUUUGGAGGAGGAUUAUUUUGCAAUUAAUGUUUAAAGAGCCUUUGUUUUAAUCUUAUUACAAGUGGAUUAUUUAGUUGAAAAUGUUCUAUGGUGAAAACAUUGUGUUAUAAGAAGUAAAAUGAAGGAUUAUUUGUUUCGAUAUUUCAGACUUCUUUUUCUACAUCUUUGCAUUUAAUUGGAAUUCAAAGUAAGAAAAGGUAGGCAGCUUCAAAGAUUCUGCAAAGUACAUUAUUUAAGUUGUUCAUUUGGCUAAAUAGCAAAGUUUAUUAAUGACUCUUUUAUCACAAGAGUUUGCUUCUGAGAUAAUUUAUAGUGUUAUUAUCUGGCAUAUGUGAAUCUUAUGAAAUAUAUAUUUUGUGUAACUUACCUUUACAUUACUCAUUACAUUAUUUGGAUGUAACUCCAUUCUUUUCAUCUAAAAACUUUCAACACCGUUGAAUAUCUUUGCACUUUUUGUUUAACACACCUGCUGCAGACAAGAUGGACUGAAUGGCCUCCUUCCUCACCUUAAUAAUUCUGUAAUUCUAUAAUUCUAUAAUAACUGAGUUUCUGAGAUAAUAGAAAUCAAUCUGAAAUGUAAUUUAUAUAUGCUUGCAAUAAAUUGCAAUUCUGUGUAACUUGAUGAAACAGGUUUGCUUUAGACAUCAUUUACCCUGGAACCUUUUUUGGUAUGGCAACAAAUUAAUAGCCAGUUUUUUUUAGCAGUGCAGAUUAAAUGUAAAAAGCAAAAUUUUUUGUCAUUUCUUGACCAGUUUUGCAAUAGUAUUUUUGGAUUCCAAUUCCAACCAUAUUACAUUGGUAUCACCAGGCCAAAUUAUUGGCUUCAUGAUCACUGUCUCUUUGAUUGAGCAGGUCAAGUGCAUGGAAUAUGAAUCAUAAGACCUAAAAAAAAGCUUGUAAUGUUGCAAAGUGUACAAAUAAGUCUGAUCGUUAAGUGUGUUUUAGAAACCAACAAA